GUUCCUCUUCCCCUCCUCCUUCAGUCUACUCUCUCCUCUUUCUUAACAGGUAGUCUCCCUUCCUCCUUCUCCCUUCCUCUUCCCCGAUCAGCGCAACAGGCAUUAAGAUUCCUCGUACACUCGACGCGAAGCAAUGGUGAUUUCUCCUCCAUUCGACGCGAAGCAACGACCAUUCCUCUCCCGUUCAAGGUGAGUGGUUGUUUCUCCUCUAUUCGACUCUCGGCGCGACGCUGCGGCCAUGCCUCCUCCGUUCAACGCGAAGCAGUGGUCGUUUCCCCUCUAGAGGCCAAGAAGUCGGAGCCCUCUUCCUCCUCCCUUCAUUUUGAUAGUAAGAGAAGGAAACAUUUGCUUUGAAGGGAACAGCGAAUCAGAUGCAGAAAUUAGGAGACUUUAAGCUUCCUCAGUUCUUCAACUACCUGCCCUUCUUCACUUUGCAGCCUGUGAAGGAAACACGUGAUAAUCAAGUGAAGCUAUGGAAAGAGCUGAUACUUGGCUACUGCAGAAGUCAAAGGAUAUUUGUGAUAGGAUUAGAAGAAGAUUUGCCUCUUUUUUCUAAUCCUGUAAUUGAAAGAUCUUUAAGCCAUGAGGCAAGGGAGGUAUUUCUUUCUGCUAUGGUAAAUGAAGGUCGUGCAGAAUGGAUGGACAAAGGUCAUAAGAAAUGUCUUCUACUUUGGUUAAGAAUCCAAGAGUGGGCUGAUUAUAUUUUGAACUUUGUUAAAGAAAAUGGGUUUGAGGGCAGUGUCAUGACUAUCGAAGAAAUACGGUCGGGGAUUGAAACUCGUGGCACUGGCUCUGAAACUACUCGAGCAGAAAGGUAAAGUUGCAAUCUUCAAGGGGGCAUCAACAGAUGAUGAUGGGGUGAAGUUCUCUGCUUAAUCAUAAUGUGUUUUACAAUCCCAUUACCAAUUGGUGAUCAUUUCCAUCCACUAAGUGAACCCUGAUGUAAACUAAAAUUUCAGCAUACUUUUGGUUUUUUUCAUGAGUGAAUAAUUUAUACCCACAUGCAUAUAGACCUGACCACUGUUUAGAACCGAUAGUUUAAUGGUUCAAAACUGUUGGUUUGACGGUUCAAGAAA